GUGGGCUCGGUUUCUCCCGAGACCCCGGAAGUGACGGCUUCUAGUGUUUGCUAAGGCUUCUGACUAUUGCUAAGGCUUCUGACUCCGGCUUUGGGAUGGGUUGCGACGGAGGCACAAUCCCCAAGAGGCACGAGCUGGUGAAGGGGCCGAAGAAGGUCGAGAAGGUUGACAAAGAUGCCGAACUGGUGGCCCAGUGGAACUACUGUACUCUAAGUCAGGAAAUCCUGAGGCGCCCAAUAGUUGCCUGUGAGCUUGGCAGACUGUAUAACAAAGACGCUGUCAUCGAGUUUCUUCUGGACAAAUCUGCUGAGAAGGCCCUAGGGAAGGCCACCUCGCACAUCAGAAGCAUCAAGAAUGUGACAGAGCUCAAGCUGUCUGACAACCCUGCCUGGGAAGGAGAUAAAGGGAACACCAAGGGUGACAAGCAUGACGACCUUCAGCGAGCUCGGUUCAUCUGCCCUGUGGUGGGCCUGGAGAUGAACGGCCGGCACAGGUUUUGCUUCCUCCGAUGCUGUGGUUGUGUGUUUUCUGAGCGCGCCUUGAAGGAGAUAAAAGCUGAAGUUUGUCACACGUGUGGGGCUCCCUUCCAGGAGGAGGACAUCAUUGUGCUCAAUGGCACCAAGGAGGAUGUGGAGAUGCUGAAGAAGAGGAUGGAAGAGAGGAGGCUGCGGGCCAAGCUGGAGAAGAAAACAAAGAAACCGAAGAUGGCUGAGAGUGCUUCAAAGCUGGGUAUCACACAAGACUCUGCAGGGCCAUCAAAGGCGAAGGCGGGCAAGUCUGAGGAGGCGGACCCCGAUCCUAGGGAGAAGAAAAGCUCCUUGGCGCCCAGGGGCACAGCAUCUAAUGGCAGUGCUUCUGGGAAAGUUGGCAAGCCCCCAUGUGGGGCCCUGAAGAGAUCCAUCGCAGACAGUGAGGAGUCUGAAACCUACAAGUCCAUCUUCACAAGCCACAGCUCUGCCAAGCGCUCCAAGGAGGAGUCUGCCCACUGGGUCACCCACACGUCCUACUGCUUCUAAAGCCCAGCUGGGCCCUCGCCACAGGGCUUCCCUGUGGCCCUCAGGGCCACACUUGCUUGGUGUGGCAUCGUGCUAUAAAGCUGUCCUCUGCAAUCUUCGACCGGCGUGGUCACUUGCUGUGAGAUCCUGUGGGUCCUGGGAGUGAGAAGUCCCAUACCUGCCCACAGGCUGUACCUCCGCUUAGCCUGGAGACUGCUGCUCUUUAGCUAACAGAAAGCUCUGACUCCUCACUGUGUGCUCAGCUCAUUUCCGAAAUCAGAGUGGUAAGGGGGAAGGCCCUGAGCUUAGGGACAGACUCCAACAGUCUUAGACCUUGGUCCUCGUGAGAGAGGAAACACACCUGACUGCCUGGUACAAACCAAAGCCCUUUCUCUCGUCUUCCUUCUCUCUCCAAUACCUUGAUAAGAAAUGGCAGCCAUGUAGGUGAUGGUGGCAGGCAGGAAUGGCUCCUUUGCCAUCCCCACCAUUAAACUCGGAACCUCUGUAACACUUCACGGGGCACGAUAGAACUGCCUCUAGGCCAGUUCCAAAACCUGCUUCUGGGCUGGGCAGAUGGCUCCCUCAGUGGACACUUGUGGACCAAAGUUUGGGUCCCCAGAACCUUUAUAAAAGCCCAGUGAGCCCUUAACCAGCCUGGGAUCCCAGCCCUUAAGAGGCAGACAUGAGAUUCCCUGGGCAAGGCGCUAAGUUCAGGGUUUGGGGAGACCCUGCCUCAGAAACUAGCUGGAGUGCAAUUGAGAGAUUCCCAGUGUCAGCCUCUGGCCUCCACACAUGCCCACAAACCUGCAAACCCCUAAAGGCCCUGUUCCCAAAGCAAACAUGGCGGCAUGUGUAGUCCAAGCUGUCAGAGGCUGAGGCAGGAAGAUCACAGAGAGGUCAAAGCUGGCAGGGUUACAUAGCAAGACCUCACCUCAGGAAGCAACCCAGAAAAGCCCUGCUCCCACUGCCCCUGGGUUUCUGCUUGCAGGGGAUGAGGCUUGGCCCCAAACAUGUAGCAUUUGUUCUGGGACAGUGCUGGGGGCGCUGUGGAAGUGUGCAACAGGACAGGGUGUGAAUGAGUGUCGUCCAAGAGAACCUGGGCGCGUGACCUUUGUACUUAGAAAUUCAAAAUAAAGGUUGUAGAAAUGUU